AUGCGUGGCUUUGUGGUUUUGUGUACCCUGAUGGUCCUUGGUUUGACUGAGGCCCAAUAUAACUAUGGCAGUGGAGUGUCUGGUACCUUUGGUAGCUCAGUUGGUGGCAGAAUAGGUGGUGGCGUUGGAAAUUUUGCUGGUAACAGUGGCUUCUCUUCGGGUGGUUCUUCAUUCGGUGGAUUGGGAGCUAUUGGUGGAGGAUCUUCAUUUGGUGGAUUGGGUGCUAUUGGUGGCGGUUCUUCAUUCGGUGGAGUUGGAGCAAUUGGUGGCGGUUCUUCAUUCGGUGGCUCUUCCUUCGGUGGUGCUUCCUCCUUUGGUGGUGCUUCCUCCUUUGGUGGCGCAAGUCACAAUUAUCAUGGCAGCAAUGCCCAUACCUCCCACACUGCUGGCCACUUUGAAGCUCCCUUGGUCCACAAGCAAUUCAUUACCGUUUCCGCCCCGGAGGAUAAUGAUAAUUUGUCGAAAACCAAGCACUUGGUAAUUGGUCGCCCCCAAAAGAAUUAUCGUGUCGUUUUCAUUAAGGCUCCCUCUUCGAAUAAUGCCAAUGUUAAGCUGUCGGCGGAAUAUGCUCCCAAGGAAGAGAAAACUGUUAUCUACGUGCUCACCAAAAAGGAUAGCGCUUUGGAAAUUAAUGAUAUUGCCACGCCAGCUCCCACUGUGCCCAGCAAGCCUGAGGUCUUCUUUAUCAAAUACAAAACGGAGGCUGAGGCCCAACAUGCCCAACGACAGAUUCAAUCCGAAUACGACAAAAUCCAAGGUACCUCGGAACACACAGAUGCCGGUGUUGCUCCCCAACAAUCGGUGGUUGGUGUUUUGGAUAAUGCUGGAAAUGUUGGUGGUGGUGCUGCAGCUCACAUUGGUGGUGGGGCUGUCUCAUCCGGCUUUGGCAAUGCUGGUGCCUCAUACUUGCCACCCUCGGGCAAAUAA